AAACACAGUAAACACACAGUAAACACGCUCAGAACCGAAAGUCACUUGGAUUUGAGAAGCAGGUAAAUAGUUCAUCUUGUUUAAACGCGUUCUUCACAACAUGACAGAAAUAUUUUCAUCGCUUUACGGACCAACUGAAGCUCAGGGAUCUUCUGGACCUUCUGUGAUGGGGUUCGGUUCCGGGAAACCGCUUCCGGUGCCUCAGAACCCGGUGCACAUGACGGUCCCUCACCAGCAUGUAGAUGAGGGACCUCCACUCCGAAAACCCUCAGCUAUGAACGAACCCUUUUACCUGGUGCGAGAACUGCCAACGGAAAAUGAGCUGACUGGAAACACCAACUUAAUUACACACUACAAUCUGGAACACGCAUACAACAAGUUUUGUGGCAAGAAAGUAAAAGAGAAGCUCAGCAACUUUCUCCCUGAACUACCUGGUAUGAUAGACACACCAGGUCUUCAAGAUGGAAGUUCUUUGCGCUCACUUAUUGAGAAGCCACCAGUAUGCAACAACUCCUUUAGUCCCUUAACUGGAACCAUGCUCACUGGGUUCCGACUGCACACUGGCCCUCUCCCUGAGCAGUACAGACUGAUGCACAUUCAGCCUCCAAAGAAGAAGAGCAAACAUAAACACAGACACCAUCGACCUCAGGACCCUUUACCCCCAGAAACCCCGUCAGACUCUGACCACAAGAAAAAGAAGAAGAAGAAGGAUGAUGAUCCUGAUAGAAAGAAAAAGAAGAAGGAUAAGAAGAAAAAGAAGAACCGUCAUAGUCCUGAUCACCCCGGCAUGACCAGCUCUCAACCCAGCAGCAGCAGUCUGAGAUAGAAGCACACAGGACAAGAAAUGCACAGACAAUUCCCUGUAAAUAGCAUUACAAGACCAUCAAGAAAAGUGGUUAUUUUAAGUGUGUGUGAGAGAUUGCAAAAAACGAAAGAGCAGUCCAGGUCUUUAUUAUUAUUAUUUUUUUUACUCGUGUAUGUUACUUUUAUAUACGCUUCAGAUGAGACUACAAACCAUAUUGCAACAAACUGUAUGUUUUACACCAGUUAGCCACUGUAUGUUUAUUUAUGCAAUAAUAAGUUAAUAAGGAAAAAAAUGUCAUGGACACUGACAAUGUGAACAUCUUUCAUUAAGUCAGUAAAACACUUUGCAAUUUU